GACAGCUGACCUUGACAGCAGACAAUGAAAAACUGAUAAAAAGUGUGUGAAAUUGAUCAUGGCUACUGGGCCAACACUCCCAAAAUCUCCUUUGGAAGCUUUAGAAAAUGAUGGUUGUAGAGAACCUCCCCUUCUCAGUAAAUAUUUCCCUAUCGCCUGCUGGGGAACUGUUGGUUUUGUUAGUGUAAUCAUAGCAAACUAUGCCAGUAAAAGGCCUGUGAUGAGCGGUAUUCAGAGACACAUUGGAGUCUCUAUUGCUGCGGCUUAUGUUGGACAAGUUGUGGAUAAUUAUAGAACCAAGUAUUUGGCAGAUCGUGAUGCUGUAUAUAGACAUUAUAUACAGUUACAUCCAGAAGAGUUUCCUCCUUAUGAACGCAAGCAGUAUAAAGAUGUUUUUGAACGUUGGGUACCCAUUCGAUCAUGAAUAGAUUUAGUGUCAUAGUUUUUAUUUAAAAAUCAAAAUAUAUAGUAGAAAAAGAUGUAGACUUCUGUUUUUUAGUCCUGUUCCUGCAUAACAAAAUAAAAGGUAGAUAAUAGUAUACACUUAUUUAUUGAUAGUGGGUGAAAAUACAUGUAUGUGUUCUAGUUGUAUACACUUAAUUAAACGAUUUAAAUUA